AUGUCCAGGUCAGACCCGGGAAAGAGUUUGAAGCCCAGUGAGAACAAGAUGAGCCUGGAGCUGAAUCCAACAGCCCCCAGCGACCAGGGCCGCAGCAACGAAGCCUUCCAGGAUGAAGACCUUGAACAGCAGAACACUCCAGGAAACAGUACAGUCAGGAACAGAGUUGUACAAAGCGGGGAACAAGGACAUGCCAAACAGGACGACAGGCAGAUCACGAUUGAGCAGGAGCCUCCCGGAAACAAAGAAGACAUGGAGGAUGACAGCGAAGAUGAGCGUCAGAAAGGGUUCUUGGAAAGGAAGUAUGAUACAAUUUGUGAGUUUUGUAGAAAACACAGAGUCGUUCUCCGGCGCACCAUCUGGGCCGUUUUACUGACUGGUUUCCUGGCCCUGGUGAUUGCAGCCUGUGCAUUAAACUUCCACAGAGCCCUUCCUCUUUUUGUGAUCACCUUGGUGAUCAUCUUCUUCGUCAUCUGGGAUCACUUGAUGGCCAAAUAUGAGCAGCGAAUAGAUGAUUUCCUGUCUCCUGGCAGAAGGCUUCUUGACAGGCAUUGGUUCUGGCUGAAAUGGGUAAUCUGGAUCUCAUUGGUCCUGGCGGUUAUUCUCUGGCUGGCUCUCGACACUGCCAAGCUGGGCCAACAGCACUUGGUAUCCUUUGGUGGACUCAUCAUGUACCUUAUCCUGUUAUUUCUGUUUUCCAAACAUCCGACCAGAGUUUACUGGAGGCCUGUCUGUUGGGGAAUUGGACUACAGUUUCUUCUUGGGCUCUUAAUUCUAAGGACUAGGCCUGGAUUUGUUGCUUUUGAUUGGAUGGGGAGACAAGUUCAGACUUUUCUGGGGUACACUGAUGCUGGAGCUAUGUUUGUCUUCGGGGAAAAGUAUACAGACCACUUCUUUGCAUUUAAGAUCCUGCCCAUUGUGGUUUUCUUCAGCACCGUGAUGUCCAUGCUUUACUAUCUGGGACUGAUGCAGUGGGUCAUCAGAAAGGUUGGGUGGCUAAUGCUUGUCACUAUGGGGUCAUCUCCCAUUGAGUCUGUGGUCGCUGCUGGCAACAUAUUUAUUGGGCAAACAGAGUCUCCACUGUUGGUGCAGCCAUAUCUACCACACGUCACCAAGUCGGAACUCCACACCAUCAUGACAGCUGGCUUUGCCACCAUUGCUGGAAGCGUACUGGGUGCAUACAUCUCUUUUGGGGUGUCAUCCACGCACUUGCUAACCGCCUCAGUCAUGUCCGCGCCGGCAGCCCUGGCUGUGGCCAAACUCUUUUGGCCUGAAACAGAGAAACCCAAAAUAACCCUCAAGAAUGCCAUGAAAAUGGAAAAUGGUGAUUCACGGAAUCUCCUGGAGGCAGCCACGCAGGGCGCAUCCUCGUCCAUACCCCUGGUGGCAAACAUCGCUGUGAAUCUGAUCGCUUUCCUGGCCUUGCUCUCCUUUGUGAACUCUGCCCUGUCUUGGUUUGGAAGCAUGUUCGACUACCCAGAGCUGAGUUUUGAGCUCAUCUGUUCCUACAUCUUCAUGCCCUUCUCUUUCAUGAUGGGAGUCGACUGGCAAGACAGCUUCAUGGUUGCCAAACUCAUAGGUUACAAGACAUUCUUCAAUGAAUUUGUGGCUUAUGACCACCUCUCAAAAUUAAUCAACUUGAGGAAAGCGGCUGGACCCAAAUUUGUGAAUGGCGUGCAGCAAUAUAUGUCAAUUCGCUCUGAGACCAUUGCAACUUACGCCCUCUGCGGUUUUGCCAAUUUUGGUUCCCUAGGAAUAGUGAUCGGCGGACUUACAUCCAUAGCUCCAUCCAGAAAGCAAGACAUUGCCUCCGGAGCCAUGAGAGCCCUGAUCGCUGGCACCAUUGCCUGCUUCAUGACAGCCUGCAUCGCAGGCAUCCUCUCUGACACCCCGGUAGAUAUCAACUGCCAUCACGUUCUAGAGAGCGGCAAAAUACUCAGCAACACAACCGAGGUGGUGUCCUGUUGCCAAAAUCUGUUCAACAGCACUGUUGCCAAGGGACCAAAUGAUGUCAUCCCAGGAGGAAACUUCAGUCUCUCUGCUUUGAAGAGCUGCUGCAACCUGCUGAAACCAUCAACACUGAACUGCAAUUGGAUCCUUAAUAUACCGUGA